GGCCACCAGUAACAGUAUUUGACGAACAGUCCAACGACUCAAUUCGAGGCCUGCGAACCAAACUCAAAAACUCGACCAAAAAUAAUCAUGAAGCAAUUCUGCAGUGUACUAAUCCUGGCCGCCUUGGCUCUCAUGAUUCAAGCCAAGCCGAGCACGGUGCAAACUCAGCUGCAGGGCGCCCUCGAUAAAUAUCUGGUUAAUGCCAAUGCUCGCGCUCUGGAUCUGACCGUCUCUGCGGACAUUACCUCCCAGUGCUUUUCCCUCUACUUGCCUAUGUUGAACGAGGUGGCUGCCACCUUCUCUAGCUCGUAUCAGGCUUGCAUUUCGGUGGCCAACGCUGAGCUGGCCAACUUGACCGCUCAGGCUCAGAAGGAUCAGACCGUUUACCAGCAGGAUGUUACUGGUCUCUGCAGCGCCUUCACCAGCUGUGACGACACCACCGGCAACGACACCACCAAGUUCUUCAACUGCUAUGCCAAUGCUGCCCAAGGCGAUGUGUCUCUGAUCUACGACAUUGCUACAAAUGCCGCUAGCACCGCCAACACUCUGGCCGAGGCCAUCAAGGCCACCCAGGACACGGAAUACCAGUGCACCAACACCACCGAGAGCAACUAUGUCCGCGACACAGCUGCCACCUACGAUCUGUUGGACACCUGCCUGAAGGACGGUGUGCCAACCACCUCGGCGGCUCCCGUUUCAGUGACCACAGUCGCUGUGCCAACCACUACCCAAAGUCCGGUUACAGCUUCUACUGCCGCUGCUGAUGCUAGCACCGGCGCCACUGAUGCCGUCCCUGUGAGCUCAGCUGCUCCUGCUGAUGUCACCACCGCAGCUGCCACUAAGUAAGCAAGAGCAAGAGUAACAAGAGUUGUAGUUCAAGUUGUUAAAUAAAUGAGCAUUUAUUGAAAAGC